AUGGCUGAACAAAGGCAACGUGCUUUGUCAACAUCAGGUGAAGCAUUAUAUGAAAUCCUGGCACUAGAAAAAGGAGCAACACAUGAUGAGAUUAAGAAGUCCUACAGAAAACUGGCUCUGAAAUACCAUCCAGACAAGAAUCCAGACAAUCCAGAGGCUGCAGAAAAAUUUAAAGAGAUCAACAAUGCUCACGCAACCCUGACUGAUCUGUCCAAGAGAAACAUAUAUGACAAAUAUGGAUCAUUAGGGCUCUAUGUGGCGGAACAGUUUGGUGAGGAAAAUGUCAACACCUACUUCAUGCUCUCAAGUUGGUGGGCAAAGGGCCUGUUUGCAGUCUGUGGCUUGCUGACGGGCUGCUACCUCUGCUGCUGUCUCUGCUGCUGCUUCAACUGCUGCUGUGGAAAGUGUAAACCCAAGGUACCCGAGGGGGAACAGCAGGAGUUUUGUGUGUCUCCAGAAGAUUUGGAAGAGCAAAUUAAGAACGACAUGGAAAGAGAUGGAGAAACUCCUAUCGUGCUUCAGCCAACUAACGUAACGGAGAAGACACAACUAAUUGGGGACAGCCAUCGGAGCUAUUGCACAGACUCCUAG